GCAGCUGCCAUGUGUCGUGGUCUGGAGAUCAGCUGCGCGUGCCGCGACCUUUACCCCCCAUCACGGGCGUUCUAAGAAUCAGCACGUGGCACAGGUGAGCGGUGACGUCAUCAAGGUGUCAUCCUAGGUGCACAUCCAUCCAUCCAUUAUCUGUAGCCUCUUUAUCCUGUUCUACAGGGUCGCAGGCAAGCUGGAGCCUAUCCCAGCUGACUACGGGCGAAAGGCGGGGUACACCCUGGACAAGUCGCCAGGUCAUCACAGGGCUGACACAUAUGGCCCUUUUCCACUACCCUUUUUCAGCUGACUUCAGCCCGACACGGCUCGCGUUUCGACUACCUCAGAGCAGCACGACUCGGCUCGCUUCAGCCCUACUCAGCACCCAAAACUCGCACGGUUUUGGAGUAGGGCUGAAGCAAGCCAAACCGAGCCGAGUGGGGCUAGGGGCGUGAGGAGACACUCCCCUGUGCACUGAUUGGUGUGGAGGAGUGUCCUCACACGCCCUGCGAGCACGCUGGGAUCUGUAAACACCGUAAACCCAGAAGAAGAAGAAUUACGAGAAUUUCUGAAGCCUUAUGCGCCUCGCCUCAUCUAUACGCUCUUGCAGUAUCUGUUGGCGUUGUCGGUGACAACAAGCCACAGCACCAAGACCAGCAACACUAACGACUCCAUGUCCUCCAUGUCCUCCAUGUUUAUUGUUUACUCUCCAGGUCGUGAGACUACCGCUUAAAAGGUCACUGAUGUCACUGUUUGCGCCGCCUAACGACAUCACAUGACGUCCACCCACUUUCGCUAACUCCACCCAAUGUGUCCACCCACUUCCAGCCAGCACGGUUCAGCGCGGUUGUAGUCGAAAUGCAACUCCAACAGCCCCGCUCAGCUCGACUCAGCCCAACUCAGCACGGCACGGCUCAGCCCAACUCAGCCGCGUUGGUAGUGGAAAAGCGGCAAUAGACACAGACAACCAUUCACACCAACGGUCAAUUUAGAGUCACCAGUUAACCUAACCUGCAUGUCUUUGGACUGUGGGGGAAACCAGAGCACCCGGAGGAAACCCACGCGGACACGGGGAGAACAUGCAAACUCCACACAGAAAGGCCCUCGCCGGCCACGGGGCUCGAACCCGGACCUUAUUGCUGUGAGGCGACAGCGCUAACCACUACACCACCGUGCCGCCCCCUAUUAUUAUUAUUAGCUGAUAUUAUGUGUCACUCUCAAGUGGGAAAAAAUGGGUGAAAUGUAUCCUUCCUGAAUGGACAUGCAAGCUGGAGCCUAUCCCAGCUGACUACGGGCGAAAGGCGGGGUACACCCUGGACAAGUCUCCAGGUCAUCGCAGGGCUGACACAUAGACGCAGACAACCAUUCACACCUACUAGAUUAGUCUAACCUGCACGCCUUUGGACUGUGGGGGAAACUGGAGCACCCGGAGGAAACCCAGGUGGACACGGGGAGAACAUGCAAAGUCCACACAGAAAAGGCCCUCUCUGGCUGCUGGGCUCGAGACCCCAGGGCCUUCUUGCUGUGAGAUUCAGGUACUAUCAGAACGUGUGCACUCAGAGCUACUCGACCGUGUGGUGGGACUGGGCACGAUGGCAGCGAGAGAUCGACUGGAUGGCACUGAACGGCAUCAAUCUGCCCCUGGCUUUCACUGGGCAGGAGGCGCUGUGGCAGGAGGUUUACGCGUCUCUGGGUCUAAAUCAGACGGAGAUCGAUGACUUCUUCACGGGUCCAGCGUUCCUUGCGUGGAAUCGGAUGGGGAAUCUGUUUGAGUGGGGAGGCCCACUGCCUCAGUCCUGGCACGCCAAACAGCUCUCGCUGCAGGUUAAAAUCUUGGAGCAGAUGAGAUCGUUGGGAAUGAUUCCUGUUCUGCCGGCUUUCUCAGGGAUCAUGCCUCGUGGAAUCACCCGCUUGUUUCCCAAAGCCAACGUGACCAGGCUGGAGCCGUGGAGCCAUUUUAACUGCACGUAUUCCUGCGCGUACGUACUGGACCCACGUGACCCGCUGUUCCUGAACAUCGGCGCCCUGUUCCUGUCGCGGGUGGUGAAAGAGUUCGGGACGGACCACAUCUAUAACACCGACACCUUUAAUGAGAUGACGCCCGCCUCCUCUGACCCGGAUUAUCUGACUUCAAUCAGCCACGCAGUAUUCGCCACGAUGACCUCAGUGGACCCACAGGCCGUUUGGCUGAUGCAGGGCUGGUUAUUCAUCAGCAAGGCCGAGUUCUGGAAACCUCCACAGAUCCAGGCACUCCUCCGCGGCGUACCUCGGGGACGUAUGAUCGUCCUAGACCUCUUCGCCGAGUCCGUGCCUGCUUAUAACUUCACCCAGUCCUUCUAUGGUCAGCCCUUUAUCUGGUGCAUGCUUCACAACUUCGGAGGCAACAGCGGCCUGUUUGGCGCAGUGGAGCGUGUUAACGCCGGUCCUUUCGAUGCUCAGAAGUUCCCCGGUUCCACUCUGGUGGGCUUAGGCAUUGCGCCCGAGGGCAUCGAGCAAAACCCAGCCAUCUACGAGCUGAUGGCUGAGCUGGCGUGGCGCAAAGAAGCAGUCAAUUUGACCGAGUGGGCAACGCUGUACGCCCGGCGCCGCUAUGGUAACACGAGCGAGAGCCUGGGACUUGCCUGGCGCCUGCUGUUCGGAAGCGUGUACAAUUGUACCAUUCCUGGGUACAAGAACCACAACCGGAGUCCUUUGGUGCACCGACCGUCUCUGAAGAUGCAGACCGACCUUUGGUACGAUCCGCGAGACGUCUACGAGGCCUGGAAGCUGCUGCUGGGAGCGGCACCUGCGCUGAUUUCUGUUGACGCGUUCCGUUAUGAUCUGGUGGAUGUGACGCGUCAGGCUCUUCAGCUCCUGACCGGGCAGUUCUAUGAAGAAAUACGAGAUGCGUUCCAGGCCCAGAAGCUUCCAGAACUCCUGACAGCCGGAGGCGUGCUCACCUACGACCUCUUACCUGACCUGGACGGCCUCCUUUCCAGUGACGCGCACUUCCUGUUGGGGGCGUGGCUUGAGCAAGCACGGUCGCUGGGCAUGGAUGAACAGGAGGCGGAGCUGUACGAGCUGAACGCCCGGAACCAGAUCACGCUGUGGGGGCCUGACGGCAACAUCCUGGACUAUGCCAACAAAGAGUGGGCGGGGCUAAUGCAGGAUUACUACAUGCAGCGCUGGAGAUUGUUCGUCAGCACACUCGUGGACUGUGUGGACCGCGGCCAACCUUUCAAGCCAGAUGAUUUCAGCAAGGCUGCGUUCCAAAUCGAGCAAGGCUUCGUCUACAACCGGAAGAGGUACCCGUCCGAACCGAGCGGCGAUACGUACGACAUCGCUCGGAAGAUAUUUCUCAAAUACUACCCACAUGUUCUGAAGAGGUUAAAGCCAUAAAACGUACGGAACGUAAAAUUGUUCCAUGGGAACGAUAAUAUAUCGAGUAACGUUUUAAUGUGUCUACACAGAGGCUUUCUGUCUGCUGUUCAGGACAUUUUCCAUGCUUUUUUUUUUUUCUUUCCCCCAAGCCACUGUUUUAUUUCUUCAGUUACGAUUCUGUGUUGUAGUCGAGUCACGAAACCUCGAGUCUGAGUCCAGUCUUGAGUCCCCAGUGGUCGAGUCCGAGUCCAACACUCCAACCGCACCAUUUGACGGCGGCUGUGUGUUUCAGCGCCAUGAACAUUAGUUUGUUCCUGAAUGUGCCGUAUGAACAGGUGAAUGCGCUUCUCUUUAUCAGGGAGCGCGCAGUAUUCUGUCAGAGACGGUUGGGAGACGGAUGUAACUGCACAAGGUGCGGUUAUUAAUACAAGCGAAGACGGUAAACAAUCCAGAACGGCACACAAAAUCAUAAAAAGGUGAAACCGGUGAUCGGUCGAGCGAGGCACAAACAGGCUAUCGGAGACUCGGCAGAAUCAAAGACGAGAAACAGGAAAUCAGGAAACCAAACAAAGAAAUAAGGCUCGGUAAUGUGUCAGCAAUGCAACUCAAUACUUCGCAAAGUAAGUGCGUUUUCACAGUUUUUAUAUCGGCGCACCGAUUGCGCCUGAAUCCAAUGCAGGUGCGAGUCGUUUCCGGUGCACACCCGAGAGUCUGUCUGAUGCACGCGCCAAGGUGCACAGGUGUGACACUCUUGCACGGAAUUAGCACAAAACUAACAUAGAUAUUAAUAUCUUUUGUCAAAUCAUUAUGGCACGUUCCGAAAAAUAAAGAAAAUCAGAGUCCUCGUCUCUAAUUUACGAGUCCGAAUGCAGUUAAUGUACGAGUCGGAGUCCUGAAAAUUAGGGCACGAGUCGGACUCGAGUACUACAAGCCCGGUCCUAUUCUGUUUCCGUUGUGCACCUGGACAGCAGUGAAUAAGUCCAAAUAUGUCUCAUACGUUCAAGGACAGCGCAAAAGAUGGAUGUGCAGAUGACAAAAAUAUUCUUCUCGUUGGGUUCCUACCCCUCAGCCUGCCUCGAUCACGAUGGGUGUUCAUGGUUCAUUGUGAUAGAUAACAGGCCGAAGGAUAACGCUGUACUUGGGUGACUGGCUCUUGUGGUUGUACGACUUGGGAAACUAAGCGGAAAUCAGGGACUCUGUAACCGAGAGCGUGCAGCAUGGAAGCUCAUGUCCCUCUACAGAACCGGAACAUGAUGAGUUUUCCCUGGUUGGAGGAUGCGGUGUCUGGAAGGAUUUUCUGGGAGGUGAACAUCUGAAAAGCAAGUCUGAAUUCGCCACUGGCAUUCACGACUCGAAUCCUGGUGAGAGGAGUCGCAUAGUGAUGUGCAACCCGUGGCUCUGAGUACGCUCUUUUGUACAGUGUUGUACAGACAAAAUCCUCCAGCGGCCAUCGGUGAAGGCAUGACUUGGCAGCUCGUCAUCUGGUGAAUUUGUGAAAAAAAAAAAAAGCUGUCUCAUACCAAAGCACAUCACGCUGCUUUCGUUUAUCGGAAUGGACCUACAUUCGUUAAGAAGCCUCGCCACUUUUUCAGUUGGCGGAUAUUAUUAUACUCGCGAAUCAGAUUUCGGCGGGUCGUUAUGCGUGGCACCAGCGUUCCCAGUGCUCUUUUGACGCGUCCAAAAGAGUUUUCCAAGUACAGUAGUAGCACAUUAUUCCAGGUCAUACUGUCCAACUUGGACUUGAAAACAACCCAUGCAAAGACAAAAUACAGAUAGGAUAAAAAUACGGAGGCGGCACGGUGGUGUAGUGGUUAGCGCUGUCGCCUCACAGCAAGAAGGUCCUGGGUUCGAGCCCCGGGGCCGGCGAGGGCCUUUCUGUGCGGAGUUUGCAUGUUCUCCCCGUGUCCGCGUGGGUUUCCUCCGGGUGCUCCGGUUUCCCCCACAG